AACACAGAAAACAACAUGGCGGACAAAGAGCUAACCGAUUCUACUUCUUCCACGUCACAUGCCUCAAAUCCUCUUACUAGAAAAUUAAAUAAAAUUCUAGAGACACGUUUAGACAAUGACAAGGACAUGCUGGAAGCCUUAAAGGCAUUGUCAACAUUUUUUAAUGAAAAUAGUUUGAGAUCAAGACGAAAUUUAAGAAGUGACAUUGAAAGAAGAAGUCUAGCUAUCAAUGAAGAUUUUAUAACAACAUUCCAGGCAGUGAAGGAGAAACUGGACAGUGUGUAUGCUGAAGUGGAAGGCAUGAAUACCUGCUGUCAAGAUAUGACUUCAAGACUUAAGGCUGCCAAAGAACAGACACAUGAUCUUAUAAACCAGACUACUAACUUACAUGCAGAAAGUCAAACACUUCAUAUGAAGGCUCAAGUUGCUGAUGCUUUUCUUGCCAAGUUUCAAUUAAAACCAGAAGAAGUAAAAGCACUAAGAGGAACAAGAGAUGGAUCUAUUCACCUGGAUUUUUUCCAAGCUCUUGAGAAAGUGAAGAAGAUACAUAAUGAUUGCAAGGUUUUAUUAAGAACCAAUCAACAGACAGCAGGAUUAGAAAUAAUGGAAACUAUGGCUUUACACCAAGAAUCAGCUUAUGAAAGACUUUAUAGAUGGACCCAAAAUGACUGCAGGACAUUGACAGGGGAUUCCCCUGAUGUAUCCUCUAUGUUAUGCCAAGCCAUGGAAUCACUGCAAGACAGACCAGUUCUGUACAGGUACACACUUGAUGAAUUUGGUACUGCCAGGAGAACAGCUGUGGUACGAGGGCUAAUUGAUGCUCUGACUAGGGGAGGACCAGGUGGUACCCCAAGACCAAUAGAGCUGCAUUCCCAUGAUCCUCUGAGAUAUGUAGGAGAUAUGUUGGCAUGGUUACAUCAGGCUACUGCAUCAGAGAAAGAACAUCUUCAGUCAUUGCUGAAAAAAUGUUCAACUACAGAUGAACAGACCCAGGAAGUCCUUGGCCAUAUCACAGAAGGUGUUUGUAGACCAUUCAAGGUCAGAGUGGAGCAAGUGUUGGUAUCAGAACAAGAUGCUGUUACUCUAUACAAACUACACAAUCUACUCAAGUUUUACCAUGAUACAAUUGGGCAAAUAAUUAACCAGGAAGCAGCCUUGUUAUCCACUAUAACAGAAAUACAGGAUCUCAGCCACAGAAUGUUCUUCAACAGUCUGAAUUGUCAUGGUAACAAGUUGUUGGACAAAGUAGAGCUACCACCAUCCGAUUUAGGACCUACGGCUUCACUGAACCAAACCUUACAGUUAUUGAAAGACAUUUUGGCAUGUCAUGAUGCCUCAGUCAUAGAUUAUGACAAUAAAAAACAAGAUUUUAAACAGAUUUUAAACAGUAUAGUUGACCCAUUAGUACAGAUGUGUUCUGUGUCAGCAAGUAGAUUGAAUACGUCUGAUAUGGCCACCUAUAUGAUAAACUGUAUUUAUUUGAUCCAGAAUACACUUGCUUUGUAUGAGUUUACAGAUACACGACUUGAAAUGUUACAGGCUCAGGUUGAUGCCCAGGUGGAUACCCUAGUCAGUGAGCAGGCCUCAUUUAUAUUAAACAGAGUAGGGUUAGCACAUGUGUAUGCUAAUGUCCAGCAACAUCAACCAAAACAGGGACCUUUAUCAAAUCUCCCAGGGAUGGAUCCAUUAGCAACAAAGUCAGCAAUGAAUAAAUUUGACAGCUAUUUAGCGAGUCCUGAUUCUCUAGGGAUUCCUCAGUGCGGUUUGAUAUUGAGUGCUAGAGUCAGAGAAAACGUAAAAAGACAAUCUGUUGAUUUAAUAUGUGGUGCCUAUAAACAAAUGUAUGAAGCUGUUUGUAAACCAGACAAUGAAUAUAAAGAACCCCAAGGCAUUGUACCAAGGACACCUGAACAAGUUGUUAAACUAUUAUCAUGAUUAUUGUACAAAUUAUAUUCUUAUUUAUUUAUGAAUCAAAUAUAUAUUAAAGAGGGCUUA